UUCAUUCUUUCUUGUGCAAGCACUGAACGUUCAGUAUUAGUGUGAAUUUCUCUCGUUUUUUGAGCCAUUGGAAGCACUACAGUGGAGAUGUAGUCCUCGUGAGUUAGCACAUGCAACGGGAACUGUGUGGUGCUCUUCAGCGAAUGCCUGGAAGUAUCAGAGCAACGUGGGUAGCCGUGCGCUAGGGUAACGAAAGUACUGACUGAACUGAAAGUAGGGUGGAUUGACUUAAAGCAUGUUGCGAGGCGAGUACGGUCGUUUUCGGUGGGAUUCAAGUUGCCCUAUGCCGACGCGAAGUCGCCACAGAGCCAGGAAGAGGGCAAGAUUUGAUUCUUCCAGUUCCGAUUCCCCACCUGACGGCGAUUUACGGGACACCGAGCUACUUCGUUCUGGAACGAAAAUCGUGAAUGAUGUCGAAACGAACGAUUCUGAUGUGGAUGAAGGGCCUUCUCAUGAAGAUCGAAAUACGCCAGCACAAGCGAUGACGAGUAGUUCGGUUAUAAGUGAAUGUGAAAGUAGCGAAAGCGAUGAGGAACAGAGUGAUGAUACAGCUUCUGAAGGUGAAGCAGGUACACUGUUGCACCCUUCCGCACAAGACCCGACGCAACCAGGAAGUCCGCAACGGCACCUACAAACUGGGACGACUGGUUCAAGUCAAGAGCUGAGUGAGAAACUAUAUCCAGGCUGCAGAAUUAGCCGAGCAGAAAGCCUUUUGCUAAUAAUGGGGCACAGUCUGCGACACCACUCUACGAAAGAGGCAACAGAAAGCCUUCUCAAGGUGAUUGAAGCCCACCUACCGGAGGAUACAAACUUUCCUGUUUCAAAAUACUUAUUCUUCAAGGAGUUUUGUGGAUCUAGUUGUGCUACAUGUCUUCACAUGUACUGCCCCUCCUGUCACUCCUACAUAGGAGAAAUAAAUCACGCUACACCUGACUGCUACUGCACAAACUGCGAGACAUCACAUAGCACAGAUACGCUCGUGAAAACUGGCUCAUACUUCGUUAUGCUCGACAUCAAACAGCAGCUGCAACAUCUCCUUCAGCGACCAGACUUGAACUUCAAGUUUACAGACCGUAGGAUGUCACUUGAUGUGAAGGAUAUCACAGAGAGCAAAGCAUACCAUACGCUACCAUUGGAGGAUGGAGACUUGUCACUGACCUGGAACACGGAUGGAGUACCAGUGUUCGUAUCAUCAAAGUUCUCCAUUUGGCCACUGCAACUGAUGGUGAACGAGUUGCCACAGAGACAACGCUUUGACAACAUUAUUCUAGGUGGCCUCUGGUUUGGUUCAUCAAAGCCUGAGAUGAACUGUUUUCUGCGUCCUUUUGAGAAGGAAAUGAAUAUGCUGUCAUCUGACGGAAUGACUUGGGUGGAUGCCAGCGGUAGAGAACAUACAUGUAGAGUAUUUCCUGGUGCCUGCUGUGUGGACACCGUCGCCCGUUGUGCCGUCACGAACACCACACAGUUCAAUGGUGCAUUUGGAUGUGUAUGGUGCGAACACGAGGGGAUUGUUGUGGAAAAGGGGAGAGGCUCUGCACGCGUGUAUCCUCAUCAAGCUGCACCUGCAAAGUGUCGAACAGAUAAGACGUUCAGGAAAUAUGCACAAAGAGCCCAGGCGUCUGGCGAACCGUGCCGUGGUGUAAAGGGUCCCAGCGUACUCUUUUUAUUGUCCUUCUUCACAUUUCCUGUAAGCUUUGUAGUGGACUACAUGCAUGCUGUUUGUUCAGGUUUUGUAAAGUACACAGCAUGCAUGUGGUUCAAGCAGAAACAAUCAUAUCCAUACAGCUUGGGGGACAGGAUAGACGACAUAGAUGUUCUAUUGACAGGGCUUCAGCCAGUCUGGGAGAUGUCAAGGCUGCCACGUUCCUUACACCAGCGAGAAUACUGGAAGUCCUCAGAGUGGCGCAAUUGGCUUCUCUACUACUCACCCAUUGUAUUGAAGGGAAUUUUGAGAAAGAAGUAUUUUAUGAACUGGCUGAAGUUUGUUAAAGUCAUGCAUGUUCUUGUGGGGGAGUGUGUACCACUAGACUCACUUAGUAUGCUCAAAGAACAAAUGUCUUCAUUUCUUUUCGAGUACGAACAAUUAUAUGGCCAUGAACAUAUGACGUACAAUUCCCACAUGCUUACCCACAUUGUGGACUGUGUAAAGGAAUGGGGUCCCUUGUGGAGCUAUUCUGCAUACCCUUUCGAGAAUCUCAAUGGACAGCUUCUAAAGCUCAUUAAUGGCACAAGGUACAUCCAGACACAAAUAGUUUUCAAAUAUUCCCUGUUUUCAAGAAUGCCACAGCUUUGGCACGUACACUCUGCAUCCCGAACAUUGCACGAUCCUGUGGCCACACACAUGAACACACUUCUGAAGGGGUAUAAGCUCAGGGUGAAGUCAGGAUCUUUAGAUGUCGGCGUAGUAUUCCAUGGCAAAGCGCUAAGUGCAGAUGGGGGUGUGCUGUACAGGAAGAUAUCUGUUGCAGGUAUAACAUUUUGUGUAAGCACCUCUGACAAGUCAAAGAGGACGAAUUCAUAUGUUCGAUCCUCAGCAGGUGUCUUUGGGCGGAUAAAAGCUAUAUUUGCUGCUAGUAUUUGCACGGAUUGUGAAACGACAAGUUGCAAUUGCCCAAAACCUUUGUUCUUUGAUGUUGUCCAACAUGAAGCGAAAAGCUCUGUGUUUUGUGGUGCGCAUCUGUCACAAAUGGACAAGAGUUUUGUGCAUGUUGAAGCCACAAAUAAUAUUGUGCGCAUUUCAGCAAGUGGAGCAAAGAAGUGUCUUGCGCUUCAGUCCAACGGGAAACUAUCUUUGUACGCUGCAUCCACACUGCGUGCUUGA